AUGUUAUAUGUGCUGUUGAGACUUAAGGGUGAGUUCUACAAGGUAUUGGCUAGACCAGCUAUGUUGUAUGGGGCAGAGUGUUGGCCAGUCAAGAACUUCCAUGUCCAGCAGAUGAAAGUAGCUGCAAUGAGGAUGUUGAGAUGGAUGUGUGAGCAUAGUAUGUUGGAUAGAUUUAGGAAUGAAGUUAUUCUGGACAAGGUGAGAGUGGCCCCUGUGGAGGAAAAGAUUCGUGAGGCGAGUCUGAGAUGGUUCGGGCAUGUUAAGAGGAGAAACAUAGAUGCCUCAGUCAGGAGGUGUGAGAGGUACUUCCGUAGUUUGCUAGCAGUACUUCGUUCAUUUUCUGGUUUGCUACCUUGGAAUAGCCUUGGUUCUUAUUAUAUUUAUUUGCAUUGGGCAAGAUCUGCCCUAGAUUAUUUACAUUGGGUUGGAUCUGCCCUGGAUUUAUUUGCAUUUGAGCUGGAUCUGCCCUGGGCUGGAACUGCCUUGUACAGUGCUGAGUGA